UACACAAAAAACUGUCCCGGCCUGAAGAGCAGUUGAAGUUGUGGGCCAGAGCCCUAUUUAAUGCUACAGUGAGGAGGUCUAUCCUGCGUACACAGCAUUAUCCGGCGCCAAACAAAACGCUGAUUCACCGUGUUGCCAGAUGCCAGAUGUAAACCCAGAGAUGUCAACGCCACGUCCAAAAGGACCAGCGAUCGCUUCAGGAAGCAAUCAUGUGUCAGAGAGUGACAGUGGGGCCAAAUUACCAGAACCAGUCAUGAAGAGGGAGACUCGACGGAGCCCAUUCACAGUGCCAGACAGUAAGAGCAUAAUCGCGCAUAGUGAGAAUGAAAGAAAGGCCCGAAAAGAGGAGAUGCGUAAAUUCCUGGCCCUGCCAAUCGACGAGAAGACAACCCCCGAUGCUCGAAUGGUGGCCAUGCUGAGGCAGGAGCUGGGGGAACAAGAGGAGGAGGAGGAGGAGAAGAAGAAUCUGACGCCAGUCAAGAGUAGGACUGGGCUCCUUCAGCAGACUACCAUCAGAUACAAGCUGAAGAGGGCCAUGAUGAAACGAAAUCAGAUUCCCAAAGAAAGUAAACAUGACCUCCUCUCCUUGGAGCGACAGAAGGCAGUGUUGGAGAAAUCUGUCACCAGUAAAAUGUCUAAGAUUAAGGAGAUGGAUGAUGCCAUCAUGAAAGAGGAAGAACACCAGAGACGGCUUCAAAAGCUCCUGGAGCUAGAUAGCCUCCAUCUCAAAAAGUUUCUCAGGGAGAACGAGAAGAAGUCGGUGGAGGCCAGGGCAUUUUUUGAACGCGAGGCCAAGUUAAAGCAGGAGAAGACUGCUGCGAUCCAGAAACUGACCUCUGAAAUUGGGGCAGUCACGAGCGAAAUUGCCAAGCAAGAGGAAAUCCUGAUCGACUACACGAGAUACAAGGACCUGCUGUUUGAGCUGUCUCCUCCGGAGUGGAAGGAGGCCCAGAAGGCCAAGGCUUUGAAGGUCCCGUCAGCUGAGAACAAGGAUUUGCAGAGCGAGGUUUCCAGUCCAGGCCGAGAGCUGCCUUCCAGUCGAGGGGCUGGGCUGUCAACAGCCUGCAGGGACACACUGAGUAGGAACCCUGAACUCGACAGGGACAACUCAGAAUACGAGGAUGAGCCGGAGAUAUACUUCACCGAUCCCCAGCAGCUUCUGGAUCUGGUGGCAGACCUGACGGACAAGAGCUUGUCCCUGAUUCAGAACACCACAAGAGUAGAAGAGACAGCGGAGGGACUCCGGCACACCAUGGAGGAAACCAGGCAGGAGAUCGAAAACGAGGACGAGCACCUAACGCUGCAGAUAGAAGACAUUAGCAGGAGGAUCAACGAAGAGAAGGUCAGAGGCAACAAGCUCAAACAGCUAGUUGAUCUCCAUGUGUUGCUGAAGAAAGAAGACCAGGACGUCAUGUUGGGCGCUCUGGGCGAGAAGGUGGCAGAGGUCCAUCGCUGCUGCGUGGAUGACAGGAUUACCAACCUCAGCACCUUGGAGAAGCUUGCCAACAUCGAGAGACGCGUGGUGACCCUGCUUCAGGACCUCGAGAACGUGGAUGAGGAGAGCUUAGAGAGGAUGAAGAAGAUCAAGGACAGUGAGAAGAGGAAAAGUGAGCGCGAGGAGAAGCUGAGACAGCAGAAAGAGAAACAGAAGGAAAUGAAGAAGAGGUACUUGGAGAGAGCUAUGGCUGACUCCAAGAAAAUAAGUGGUAGAAAGCUCAUGCCCAGAUGCAAGCCAUUUGCUCAGAAGGUCAAAGUCAGGAAUGUGGACAACACCCAAGCUGAAGAUGAGAUGCAUUCCUAUCUUUUCACCCCUGAUGAUGACGAGUAAAAAUAUAUAUAAUAUAUACCAUCAGGACAUAACAAUAGCAUUAUAGGGUUACAAAAUACCCAGAGCAACAAUAUUCAUAUUCAAGAGAACUAAUAAAUCAUAAUAGAGCAGUAGGACUGAGUCUGUUUGUAUUACUGUUGAAUAUCUACACUAUAAAUGUUUAGGUUGUUAUGGCCACAAGGACAUUCAUGUUUACUACAUAACUGUUGCUGAUUCUAUAAAUAGUCUAGAGCAGUGGUCUUCAACUAAAAUGUGAAGAGAUCCAGAGAAUUUCUAGAAGCAAAGGUCCGGAAGAUCAUAAUGUGACUACUUGCGUGAAUAAAGAAAUAAGGGUUGUAUCAACAUCUGCAUGUAAUCAACACAAGACUAACAAAUCAAAUUAAUUUUGUACAAUUCUAAAACUCCUUUGACAACAUUUAUUGUCACAUAACAAAGAACUGAACAUAUAUAAUAUGUGUGACUCAACAUUUUUAGCCAAUUCCCAGGCCUAAAUACGUCCAUUGCAAACAUGUAUCAUAUUCUCAUGUAGGUUAGUGCAUGUAAACCAGCAGAUACUAAU